GGUGGCAGGGGCUUGGGACGGCUGGAGAGAUGGAAAGCUCCCCAGAGGUGGCCAGGGAUGGUGGAAAGGAAGGGGUGCUGGGGAAAGGAGAGUGGGAGAACGGGAAGCUGUUGGAGUUAGGCAUCCGCAGCCAGACUGGGACCCACCCUGGAGAAAGGAUGAGCCCAUUGCCAUUUCCUAGUCUCCGAAGGGUCCCUUAGUGAAUGUCAGGAAGGACAGGGCAAGAGGACUACGAUUACAAGAGAGAUGAAGAUAUCUGAAAGAACUUCCGGGUCAGCCCCAGGCAUGGAAGGCGGCUCAAGUGUUUUUUCAGCAUGGGCAUACUGAGCAAUGCUCUAGGACCAGCCUACUUCCAGAGGUAGGGGAAGGACUGAAGAGCUUCGGAGAGCCCUGAUUUGGGGAAUGGGAAUGACUCAGCUGCAGGUGUCAGUGGCUCAGAUUUGAGGAAAGCAUCACAUGGGGGACAUGAUUGUUCUUCAUCCUUUGUUCUUCCCCACUCCACCCCCUGCCCCUUCUGUCUGUAGCUGCCUCUCAACACACUUUCAUCAGAUCUCAAGGCAGGGGCAGUUGACCCAUUUCCUGAAACCAAGACAGGGUCAAGAGCCAGAGGGGCCAGAAUUUUGGCCUCAGAAGCCCGAUCUUGAUGGGAAGAGAGGAGCUAGAAACCCCCUCCUUCUUUGCUCCCCCAGACUGCCAGUAUCCUGGGGUGCUUAAACCUCAGGAGCUGGCCCCCAGGCCCUUCCCUGCCACCCCCGACUAGGUAAUUACCCAGCAGCUCCAGGGGACCCCUCCCAGGAGACAGGCGGGUGGAGCCCCGGGUGGGGCCACAGGCAGCACUGGGCACUGACCCCACCCCUUGUAAAACAUGCUGCCGCAGCCAGCAACAGAAACCAUUAAGGCGGAACUGCACUGUCUCCACCUCUCUCAUAAAGGACAGGUAGCCCGGGCAGGAGGGAGUCUGUAUGGAGAACCCAGUGAGGGCUUUUGGUGUCCUCUGUGACUCGGCUGCCCACAGGGGAGGCCGGGACACACCCUUCCAAGGAAACCUCCAACCUUGCCCCCUAGCUGCCACUCUGGCUUCCAGGUAUGAGCAAGGAAACUAAGGUGUUCCUGAGGUGGGGCCGUGUAGCAUAGUGGUUAAGCACACUGGCUUUGAAGCCUGUGUCUGAAUCCUGGGGAGCAUAAUUUGCUAGCUGAGUGAACUUGGGCAAGUCGGGUUAACCUCUCUGAAGCUCAGUUUCCUCAUCUAUAAAAUGGGGAUGAUAAUACAGCACCUCCCUUAUGGAGUUUAAUAACUUACCCAUCUGUACCUGGUCCCUUUGAGGAUUUCCUCAGGGACGUCCCUCUUGAAGGCAGAGCAGGGGUGAGGGCCCUGCCGACAACUCUGUGGACCAUAUACACAUCCACAGGACCAGCUUCAGCAUCUUGAGAUGCAAAUGGUCCCUGUGCCUCCAUUUACUUAUAAGGAAACUAAGUACAGAAAGGGGAAGUGACUUGUCCAAGGUCAUACAACCGGCAAACAGGGUAUCCCGUGGACCCCACUCCCUGAGUCACUGAGUCCUGAGGCACUAGGAAAAGGGUCUCUGAGAGGUGGGGAGAUGUGCUGAGUAGACGGGGCACAGGGCCCGGUGGUUAAUGAGAAGGGCACAGAGCAGGGACUCAGUAGUGGUCGUUGUUGAUCCUGUUAUGCUUUCUGGGGAAUUUCUUACCCAUCAUGGCCCUUACUCAGUUUAGAGAGCCAUUUCUUUCUUCCCUCUGACUCCAGGGAAGAUCGAGUCUACUUCCUCCAUCCCCACCCCUACCCUCCCACUCCCCAAGGAUCACGGAAGAAGUUCUGAGAGCAGAGGGUGGACAGAAUGCCCAGAUACCGAAAUGGUCUUCAGCUAAUGUUGUGCCAGGGUUGUACCCCUGGACUGUGUGUGUUUGCGGGUGUGGUUGGGGCUCUUGAGGCCUGAGAAUCAAGAGAUGCUGUUUUCAGUUUAGCUAUGUGGCCCUGGCAUGUCACUUCUCUCUGGGCCUCAAUUUUCUCCCCUGAAAAAUGGGCUUAAUGACCUUGACCCCUACCAGUGGUAUGCUAAUAAACAUUCACCAACCAGCUCUCCAAAAACAGAAGAAAAAAAUCCCCAAAACUUUGACUUGUAGUAUUUGCUAAUUUCCGUGGGGAAAUACUCCCACCAUGGCCAAUUUGGGCCAAUUUGGGCCAGUUUCACUGAAUGUGAAAUUAGGAAGAGAUGGGCACAACUGGCUCUCAUGAGCCCAUAGCAGCUGGCUCCAGCAGAUCAAUACCUGCUACCCUCCGGGGCAAGCAAAGAAAUGAUGAAAUGAGAUGAUACAUACAAAAGUGCUUUGUCAACUGCAGAGUGCUUUAUAGAUGUAGAGUUGUGAUGACAAUCAUCCUUACAGUCGAAGCUACCCCAGGGCACGAUCCACCUUGGAGAGCCCUGGCCCAGCUCCAGCCCAGGAAGGGGGCAGGUUGUGAGCUGAGGGAGCUCACACUAAGUGGCAGGGUCAUGAGGGCCACCUGGGGUAGCUCCUGGGAUCUGAAAAUGGAGGAGAGUUGCUUGGACCUCCUGCACUGGUUUGCUCAUAUUUGCACACACCUCUCAUCAUGCUCUCUGAAAGUGAAGCUGGUAGGAUAGAGGUUAGACUUCAAUGAAAGGUUACUUCUGAAUGCAGAUGGCUCUGGAUGGAGCCAUCAGAGAGGCCUCCUGAGGGAUCCAGAGCAAGAGUCACCCCGCCCCCUUCCUACUCCCAGAAAAAUCUCUGGGAGUUUCUACAGCCACUCUACCACGGAGGAACGGCUGGAAUGAUCUCUGAGGCCAGAGAGUCAAGAGGAGGGAAGUUUUGCCUCUGCCAAUAGGGGAGGAGGAUGUCAGGGAGACGGAAGUGGGAGGCAGGAAAGAGGAGUUCCCUCUGCUUUCCUCCCCCACCCCCAGAGCUCAUGGUUCAAAUUAACUCUGUCCCACUGUUAAUUAUUAGUAAUAGCUAUCAUUUAUUGAGCAUAUACUAUGCAUUAAACUAUUUACAAGCAAUAGUUCAUCUAAUCCUCCAGAGGGGUAUGUAUUAUUAGCCCUAUUUUACAGAUGAGGAAACUGAGGCCUAGAGAAGGAAGUUAAGCAACUUGCCCAACCAAAGUCCCACAGUUUCUGGGAUUUAAACCCAAUCCUGACUCUAGAGCUUCUGAACUAGAUCAUCCAACUUCGGAAGCUCUGCCGGCUGCUCCAGGGAGGGGUCAGGGGCCCAGCCAGCCUCAUCCCUCCCCCCACAGUGAGCCCUUCCCUGUGCUUGACAGGAGCCUGCCAUAUACACCAAUCAGAGACCUUCUGCCCAGCCCCUGAGGCACAAGGGCCCUUAGAAUGCAGCUGGUGGAGGACUCCCUCUUUCCAGGGCUGUGCAGUCUUAGGCAAGUCACUUAACCUUUCCUCUGGGCCUCCUUUCCUUAUCUGUAGAAUAUAGCUUCAGCUGAGGCAACCAAGGGGCUACCAUGGUCACUGAAUCAGGAGUCAUGAUGUACAAAACCUACCCAGAGGAAAGUCUGCAGUGAGGCCCAUUCAGGGACUUCUGCAUCCUCAGUGAAAACCAAGGAGUGGGCCUCUGAACUCUGCAUAGCCUCCCAGGUCCUAAUCCUGUCCCUGGGGGUUGGAGGAGGUGGGGUGGUGGUUUGGGCAAGCCAAUGAAGGAUAUGAAUGUCAUGGCUAUAAACUGAAGUCUUCAGUUAAGGCCUCUGACAUGCAGGAACUCAGCAAGGGCUACAGAUAAUGUCCUGGGACGUUAUAGGGGCUGGGACAAGGAUGGGGGUAAGGCAGAGGCUGAAGGAGUCCUUCUGGGGAGGCCAAACCCUCGGCGGGAGAUGCGGCCCAAGCUGGGGCUCAGAGAGGCCUCCUUAGCUUCAUGUGUCAGAGGAGCAGAGCUGGGGUCUGACUCCUCCGAGACCGGGCUGGGUGAAGGCCAGGCAGACAGGGUAGAGCUAGCAAGGACAGCUGCCACCUGGGCAUGGGCUCAUUAGCCCAUGUCCCCAGGCCUGAAGCAGCGAGACCAUCAGGGAAACUAGAGUCUGGGGUCAGAGGCCACAGCCACAUUUAUCCACUGAAGCCAGAUGUAUGACAUGUGUCCUUGAACAUUUUCUAUGUGCCAGCAGCUUAUACACCUCAUCUCACUUAGUUUUCAUGAUGACCCUAUAAGGUGGGUCCACAAGCCCCGUUUAUUAGAGGAGCAAAGUGAGAUACAGAGAAUUAUACACUUUGUUCAAAGUCACACAGCCAGGAAGUGACACAGCUGAGACUUAAACUCAGGUCAGCCCAAAUCCAAAACCUUUGCUCCUGACCACAUGCUACUCUGCCCCUGGAGAGGAGCGCGACCCCCGCGCCGUGAGUUACAAAGCCUGAGACCCGGAGGUGGGUGGUGGGGGGAACCCAAGCCUUGCUUCGGGAGGCGCUGGAGAACGCCUUGGGAGAGCAGCUCUGGGCAGGGGCCAGGCGUGGCAGGCAGGCCCAAGCUGUCCAGGAGCUGUCCAGGGAGCGGGAGCCAGGUCGGGCGGUCAUGCGGAGCUGGAGAUGGGCUGCCCUGCACCUCUGGCCCCAGGCCUGCUCCACUGUGGUGUCCAGUUACGGCCAGCUCGGCGCUUCCCCGGUCACGCCACAUUUAGCAGUGCCGAGUGAGCGGGCGCCGGGACACGGAGCAGGGGCGGGGGAGACUCUUGAAGGGCGCGGGAGAGCCUCCCACCAGUCCUCCACCUGGACCCCAGCCACCAGCCCCUCCACCACUGAUCCCCUGAGGGACUUUGGGCAAAUACCGUCCCUUCCUUGUCCCCAUUACUCCCCUGUCAAAUGAAAGAUACGGUUUAUUUAACAAAGAUGCACCAACCCCAGGCCGGGCACCAUGGGACCCAUGAGGCCAUCCCGCCCUCCCAGAGCUCCUGGGAGAGCAUGGCUCGGGAAAAGCAGUUCUUCUGCUCUGCUUGAGGGGGGCUUGAGUAGGAAGGGUAAGUGUAAACCUCGUGCUUUUCUGGUUGUCUGGCCGCCUCAGCUUAUCCCAUCCCACUCUGACCCUCACCAAAUGAAACUGUAGCCUCCUACAUGUAAAUGAAAGUGCAGCCUCCGGAGUCAGACAGGUCUGCUUCGAAUCCCGACUCUAUCAAGGAUUUGCUGUGUGAUCUGUGCAAGUCACAGAACCCCUCUGAUCCUGUUUCCUUGUCUGAAGAGUGGGCUUAAUAAUCUACCUUCCUCACAGGUUUGUUCUGACAAAUCAAUAAGAAAAUUCUCCAAAUUUUUGACAUAAUAGCCAGCCUUUACCAGAGACUACUUGGGCAAAGAGGAGUAAAUUCAAAAGGAACUACCCUUUGCAGGUGGUGGAGAAGGAAGGCAGAGAGCUGAGGAAGAUAAUCGCAGUAAGAGGCAUACUAAUGAUGAUAUUUAUAACGAGAGCUGGCAUUUAUCGAACACUUACUAUGUGCUUGACACCGUGCUAAAUACUUUGUGAGCAUGGUUUCACUUAAUGCAGCAUCCCCAUGAGGGAGGCCCUGCCUCUCUCCCUGUUUUGUAGAUGAUGAUGCUGAGGCUCAGAGAGCUUCACUGACACAGCUAGCAAGGAAAGGCAAAGGCUGGCUUUGAGCCGAGUCCUCCUGCCACUCGGCUGUGCUGGGGACAGAGUCCACCUAUAAUUCUAGAAGGUCUGAGCAGAAGGAGCCCUCAGAUGUCAUCUAGUACAAGCCCCUCAUUUUUUGGAUGGUAAAACAAAAGCUCAGAAGAGACAGUGACCUGCACAAAGUCACAGGUGUGGAGAUGGAGUUUGGAGGACAUAGGAGAAGACAGCCCAUGCCAGACAUUCCACAGUGGGCCAGUGGCAGCAUCCCCGGGACUGUGCCAGACUCAUGGGGGCAUAGGCAACCAGGUCCCCACAAGUCCCCAGUUGCACACUGUGGUCGUGCCAGCCAGGCUGAGGCCCCGGAGGUGGGUACCGCGGGCCUGGCCUCUGCAGAGGGCUGGGUCACCUGCACUGUGAGGGUCACUGCCGCACCAGGCCUGGGCCUGACCCCUUCUCCAGCUCCCCCUCCUCUCAGGACCACCCACUUGCUCAGUCACUGAACAGAGACUGCUUGCCAUGGUCACCUAGCCCAGUCUCUCAUUGUGGAGACAGGAGACGGAGCCAAGGAGCCAGAGGCAGGGUCUCACUGGGAACCCCUCCUGGUUCACUACUCUGUAGCUGCAGAGCCUGAGAGCACUCCUGGGGAGUCUGGGGGGCUCCGAACUGGCUCAUUUUCCUCUCUCCCCACCAGUCUUCUCUCUCUCUCUGUGCUUCUUGCUCUGUCUCUCACAUUGUUUAUCUGCUUCCUUUUGUUUCUGAUAUUUCUCUCAGUUUGUCUCUUUGUCUGUCUGUCUAUCUGUCUGACUCUCUCUCUCUCUCAUCAGAAGUCUGGCUGGAGUUGGGGUCCCAGACCAGGGAUGGGGUGGGAGUGGAGGUGGUCGACUUUGGGUUGGUCACCCCUGGACUCUGGUCCUCGCUCUCAUCACAGCUGGCUUUCUUCGAGGCCAGGACUGGGUGAUGGUGUCACUGCUCCCGCCACAGUCUGACGUCACGCUGCCAGGCCCCGCCAGACUGGAGGGCGAGCCCCAAGGGGACCUCAUGCAGGCACCGGGCCUCCCGGGCUCCCCUGCACCACAGAACAAGCAUGCCGGCUUCAGCUGCUCAUCUUUUGUGCCUGAUGACCCUCCAGAGAGGGCACCGUCACUGCCCCCCCACAGCCCCAGCAUCGCGUCACCAGGCCCCGAGCAAGUCCACUGCCCAGCUGGCCCUGGCCCGGGCCCCUUCCGGCUCUCAACCUCAGACAAGUACCCUGGCUUUGGCUUUGAGGAGGGCCCAGCAGGCAGCCCUGGGCGCUUCCUCAAGGGCGGCCAUGUGCCUUUUCACCCAUACAAGCGGCAUUUCCAUGAGGACAUCUUCCCCGAGGCCCAGACCGCCCUGGCCCUCGAUGGACACUCCUUUAAGACCCCAGGGGCGCUGGAGGCCUUCGAGGAGAUCCCAGUGGAAGUAGGGGAAGCUGAGGCCUUCCUGCCUGGCUUCUCAGCAGAGGCCUGGUGCAACGGGAUCCCCUACCCCAGCCAGGAGCACAGCCCCCAAAUCUUGGGUUCGGAAGUCAAGGUCAAGCCCCCAGCUCUGGAGAGUGGUCCUGGCAUGUACUGUUACCAGCCCCCCUUGCAGCACAUGUACUGUCCCUCCCAACCCCCCUUCCACCAGUACUCACCAGGUGGUGGCAGCUACCCUGUACCCUACCUGGGCUCCUCACACUAUCCGUACCAGCGGAUCGCACCCCAGGCCAGCACCGAUGGGCACCAGCCUCUCUUCCCAAAACCCAUCUACUCCUACAGCAUCCUCAUCUUCAUGGCCCUUAAGAACAGUAAAACUGGGAGCCUUCCUGUCAGCGAGAUCUACAAUUUUAUGACGGAGCACUUUCCCUACUUCAAGACAGCACCCGACGGCUGGAAGAAUUCUGUCCGCCACAACCUCUCUCUCAACAAGUGCUUCGAGAAGGUGGAGAACAAAUCAGGAAGUUCCUCUCGCAAGGGCUGUCUGUGGGCCCUCAAUCCAGCCAAGAUCGACAAGAUGCAGGAGGAGCUACAGAAGUGGAAGAGGAAAGACCCCAUUGCUGUGCGCAAAAGCAUGGCCAAGCCAGAAGAGCUGGACAGCCUCAUUGGAGACAAGAGGGAGAAGCUGAGCUCCUCACUGCUGGGCUGCCCACCCCCUGGGCUGGCAGGCUCUGGCCCCAUCCGGCCCCUGGGACCUCCAGUUGGGCUCUCCCAGCCGCUGCACUCAAUCCACCCAGCUCCAGGCCCCAUUCCUGGCAAGAACCCCCUGCAGGACCUACUUGGGGGGCAUGCACCCUCCUGCUAUGGGCAGACAUAUUCGCACCUCUCACCGGGCCUGGCCCCUCCCGGACCUCCGCAGCCAUUGUUCCCGCAACCAGAGGGACACCUUGAGCUGCGGGCCCAGCCAGAUGCCCCCCAGGACUCGCCUCUGCCAGCCCACACCCCACCCAGCCACAGUGCCAAGCUGCUGGCUGAGCCUUCCCCAGCCAGGACCAUGCCUGACACCCUGCUGCCAGAUGGAGACCUUGGGACUGACUUGGAUGCCAUCAACCCCUCUCUCACCGACUUUGACUUCCAGGGAAACCUGUGGGAACAGCUGAAGGAUGACAGCCUGGCCCUCGACCCCUUGGUACUGGUGACCUCAUCCCCAACGUCAUCUUCAAUGCCACCACCCCCACCACCAGCCCUCUGCUUCCCCCCUGGAUCCUGUCUGACAGAGACAGGCAGUGGGGCAGGCGAUAUGGCACCACCAGGCAGCGGGGGCUCCGGAGCACUGGGUGACCUGCACCUCACCACCCUCUACUCGGCCUUCAUGGAGCUGGAGCCCACGCCCCCCACAGCCUCUGCUGGCCCCUCCGUGUACCUCAGCCCCAGCUCCAAGCCUGUGGCCCUAGCAUGAGCUAUGCCUGCAGCAGUCCGGCCUUUGCCUGGCCUGGAAGUCCCAGCUGGUCACCCACGUCGGGCUCACCUUAAAGGUCAAAGAAGGAAAACACUCCCUGUCCCCUAUGCCACUAAGCCAACUUGUCAGCUGGCACCUGGAGGGGUAGAGGACACCGCCAAGGAUGCUGCCCCUCACACAUUCCUGCCAUCUUGCAGGCCAGCUCCUCACUGAGAGCCACCGAAAAGAGCAAGUGUCUGAGCAAGAAGAAAACACACUCUCCUUUGCUCACACUUAUCCACACUUAAGCCCUCAUGAACACGUGCACGCACACACACACACACACAGUUAUUCAGGCAGACACCCAUCCACAUACCUUAUAUCCCGAGGAAUCAGAACUACAUCACUAAGAGCUGGAUUUCAUUUCUGGGGCAGCUGAGAGCUGAGGGCUUUGGUUACCGAAAGCUCAGGGCCCCCAUACCAGGUCCAGGGUCACCCUGGAACCCUAUUCUGAUGUCCAUGUUCUCUGCAGCCCUCGCCCCCUCCACGGCAUGAUCUUUCCCAGAAGUCCCCUGUAUUUAUUCUCCCAUCUUCCUCCCAGCAGCCCAUCCAGGAGAAGGAGAUAUGGAGCCUCUCCCCUAAGUUGUCCGUGGGCCCCCCAGGGGGCUGCUAGUUAGCGGCACCUGCUCUGCCAGGCUCUACCCAUCCUCAAACAUACAUUCUAUCUGGCCUCCCCCAGGGUGACACACAGGAGGGGCAACAUCCACCCCAGGACCAAACUGAGCCCAAGUCCGACACAAAGUGUUUGGAAAAGCCUUGCCCUCGGAAACUUGAAAGUGUCCUUUUCCAGCCCUGGGUACAGGAAGGGCCCCUCUGGGUCACUACCGUCUCACUCCUUCCCUAUAAGAAUUUCAUGUAGUUUAGGUCCCAGCUUACUAAUUACUUCUGUCUCAGGCAGCCUGGGCAUUCAGGGAAGAGAAGCCUGGCACAGGCUGGUGGGGGAGCACCCAGGCCCCCUUUCUUCGAUUGCUUGGCAGAGCCAGGAUGCCCCCAGAGCUAGUGGGUGUGGCUCAGUUGCCCACCAUGCCCUACCUGAGAGCCCAACUCCCACCAAGUGGGAGCCUCAGCCUACCCUGGGUCUGGGGGUGACAAGAGCCCCCAGAGGUUGGCCCAGGCUCAGAUGAGGCACAAGGAGAUCCCUCAAUGGCCUGUCACUGUCACCUGUCCUGGAACAAUAAAACAAGUGCUACCAAGACUUCCUUUCUGGACCUCCCUUCCCCGGGCAGAAAGGUCAAGCCACACUGACUAUAGAUGCCUUGGGCCUGUAAUUUCACCUCACCUAGAAGUGUAAGGUUUCCAUAUCCAAAGAGUGAGGCAUUUAGGACUUCCUGACCAGCCCAGGGAGGAUGAGAGGGCAGGUGGGUGGGGCCUCUUCCCAGAACUUCCACAGGAAUGUGAGGAAGCAGCUGUCCUACCCAGAGAAGGGAGAGGAUGCUCUCCCUACACACUCCUUCCUUCUGAGAUCCACCCUUUCCCUCCUUGACCCCUCAUCUCCUCACACAAAAGGAGUCACUUCCUGUCUAAGCUGCACCUUCUUGCCCCCCAUCUUUCCCUAGCUGAGGCUCUGGGUUCCACAGGUGACGUGAAUGGAGCAUAACCUGAUGCUGUGUGCACUGCUGGCCCUGGAGGGUGGUUUCUGGAGGGUCAGGGGCCCACUUGGUCCCACUUCAGACUCACCUCCCAGGUACCACCUCCAGGCAGGCUGCUGUCACCAAAGGACAGCCUGAGAGGCAGCCCAACACUCUGCCUAAACAGGGACAGGCAGAUGUAGGAGCCAAAAUCACACACAUGAACCUCAAGUCUUGGAAGAGCCACAGGUGGGGCCUCUGCUUAGAAAGUUCCUCCAGUGGCCAGACCUAGGGGCUGGCUAACACAUCUAUCUGCCCCAAAGGACAGCUCUGCUGAAGAUCCCAUAACUGAACCCAGCCUACAUCAGAACCCUUCCUCCCAGAGCUCUAAGGCUGGAUCCAGGGCUAGAAGGAUAGGGUGGAGUCAGCAGUAGGGGAAGGCAUGGCCAGCCAGAGCACCCAAGAGACAGACCCACCUGCCCCAGCCCAGCCCUGGCUGUACAGGAAGGAAGCAAAGGCAGUCAAGCCCCCAGGUGAUGUUGCCCCCCAGCUCUGACCAACCCCAGGCCUGUGUCUUGAUGCCCAAGCCCCCAAGGACAGGGCAAGUGUUUCACAGAACUUUACUAGGGUCCACGUCCUUGCCUCAGACCCUCAGACUCUGGGGGCUCAGACUAGGCAGUGGGCAGAGGACAUCUCCAGAGGCCCUCAGUCAGACUUCUGUCCCAUGGGCCCAUUCAGCACAACGACAACCAAGCUGGCCCCCAUGCAAGUAAGAUAGGUGGCAAGCACUCAGGACUCUGGGUCUCAUGUUUGUUUGUUUGUAACCAGACUGGUCCUUAGAUUUAAAACUGUGGAAGCAACUUAGCCCCACAUUCCUGCUGAUAUGCUGCCCCCUGCUGGCCAUCCCAUACCAAGUGUUCAGCCACCAUCUUAGUGUGAGCAACAGUUUGAAUGGAUCCUGGGUCGGGAACUCCCCUAUUUUGGGGAAAUUAACCUUUUUGUUCAGGGGCUCUAAACCUGAGAGUUAUAAAACUGGUUAGAAUUCAUAGGUCCAUGAACUUGGAUAAAGAAAUUACACUUCAUUUUCAUUCAUCUCUACCUCAAAUUCAGCAUUUCCCUUGAUUAUGAAAUGUAAGCAACAAAUCACAAUAGCUUUAGCAGAAUCUGUGCCUUUGUCAUUAGGGAGAGAAAUCACAGAUUAGAGAUCACAGAUGUUUUCAUAUUACAUUACAGAAACUGCAGAAUAGAUAUAGAUAACUCUGUCUAUAGGAUUACAAUAUAUUUUAUGUACAUAAAAACCUUAUUGUCCAUAGGCUUCAGCAGACGAUAGCAAAGUGGUCCAUGACACACAAAACAUAAAGGCCCCUAGUUGCCAGGUGGUGGGGAAGUAGAGGCUGGCUGUUAGGGGAGGGGCUGGGCUAGGGAGGAAGGCACUGGGGGCUUGAGACAAUAGCACUUUGCCAACUAGAAGGGAAGCAUCUCAAUAAUAUCCAACAGGUUAAGCAUUCCCAAUAUGCAUCCUGCAGGCCAGCCCAGGUGGGCAUGCGCAGCGCAUCUCCCUGUAGUAGUUGAAUUUUCCUGCUCAGCCCAGUGGUGGGGUCUUUAUGACACCUGUGAGGAGUCAAAGCAAAAAUAUCUGGCCGACUUCAGAGACAGAAUCUGAGGUCCAGAUCUGGCAAGGUCGAGAUGGACCUUCAAGGUCAAUAGCUCAUCAUCAUCAGAGCCAGGACUAGCCCCACCCCAUCCUGUCUUCCUCCUCCUUCUACUGCCCAGGGAUCCUCUAGGUUCCUAGGGAAAGUGCUAGGAACCAAACGCAGCAAGUUGUACCAUUAGCAGCAGGACCGGUACUAGAGGCAUGAAAACUUACAAGGAGGCAGGGGGCCAAGUCUUUUCCCAGCCGGGCCUCCUCCAGGUCCAAGGGAGACAGGCCUCUCUGGGUGAGUGCCAACCUAGUAUCUGCCCCAGGGAUGAGGACCUCAGAACAGGGACGUCCCUCCCUGUCUGAAGGUGGAAAUGCAGCAGGCCCAAUCCAGAAUCUCAAUCCGAUUCAGGUUAGCAGGGACAGUGAAGACUGUUAUGAGGGUGGUAGAAGGUGCUCUUCCUGACAACUAGGUAGGCCUAAAAGUCCCUCUUGCUCGCUAUGCCUUCUCUGUAGACUUGUAAACCCAUAAACAACAUCUCCAACUGCAAAUACUUGUAUACCUACACAGUCUCAUCGGCAAACCAACCCCCCGCUCCCACCCCAUGCCCCUUCCUCACCUUCCUGACAACUAACACUUCCUGACCACUUGCUUCUUGCUGAAAUUCUUCCUUCCCUUAGCUUCUAAGAUAGUCUGCUCCCACCUCCCUGGCUGCUCCUCCCGUCUCCAUCACUAGUUCUCUCCCUCUGCCAUGCUCUCAAACACUUGCUGGCCUUCCCUAGGGUUACACACUCAUUCAGUGGCCCUGAAGUGAGUGGUGUGGACUAUCAGCAUUGAGUGCUCCAUUAACUGGAAGACAUUUGGCAUUCCUGCCUCCUGCUCCCUAGACACUAGUAGUGCCAGUUGGGGACCCCAUAACAGCCACCAUCACAGCUUCAGCAAUCACCUUUGUGGUCAAUGACCUCCAAGGAUCACCAUCUCCAGCCUUCAUCCCCCUCCUGGUCUCAAUGCCUGAAUUUCCUGUCUCCCCCUGACCACCUCCUUCAGGACAUAUGCACCACACCACAGCAGGUCCCAGCCUGAGCUCAUCAUCUCCCGCUAGCCCCCACUCUGAUCCAACUUGGGUUCCGAAGCCCGGUGACAGCACAUCUAUCCACCCCAACACUCAGGCCACAAACCAGGGAUUCAGCCUUGAUUCCUCCCGGUCCCCAACCCCCUUAUCCAAUCAGCCACCAAGCCUGGAGAUUUUGCCUCUUAAAAAUUUCAACUUCAUCUAUUUCUCCCCAUUUCCAUGGAUAUUGACCUAAUUCAUUUUCCCUUCACCUCUCACUCAAAUUCCUACAACACUCUCCUCAGUGCCCCUCUGCUUCUAGUAUGUUAGAGCAUGGACUCUGGAGUCAGACUGCUUAGAUUUGAAUCCUGACACUGCCACUUAAUAGCUGUGCAACGUUGGCAGGACAAGUUAACCUCUCUGGGCCUGCAAUUUCUGUAAAAUGAGCAUAAUAGUGCCUUCCUCAGAAAUGAUUGUGAACAUUCUAAGGUAACACACGUAAAGCACCCAGCCCCGGGCCUGGCAAUCAAUACACGUUGGCUAUUACUAGUCUCACUCUUUCCAAUCCACCCUUCAAUCAGCAGCCAGAGAGAAUCUGAUCAGGUCAUUCCUGCCUAAUCCUCCGUCUUCCUCAGAAGCUCCAACAGCUCAACUACAAGGCUCCACAGAUUUGCUUUCCUUUCACAGUGUAAAUAUUCAAUUUCUUGAAUACAUCUGAUGAAUCUCACCUCCAAACUUUUGCUUUAUGCUGUUUCCCAUGCCUAAACACUCGCUCCCCCAUCUCUUCCCGUCAGUCGACCUGAGUUCUCAAGAUCCUGCUACAACGCUGCCUCCUCCAAGAAUCCUCCCAGAACCCUCUAAGCAGGAAGACUCACUCCCCUGCAUGCCCAGCCCCUUAUUCAGGGACAGGUAUUUGUUCCCUGUGUCUCACUCAUUCUAGAAUUCCCAGAGUUCAGCCCAGGUCCUGGCCUCCAGCAAGGUCUCUGCAGGACCCAGCUGAAUCCAGCACUUCUAGGCCUGAGGGUUAAUUUAAUUUCUCGGUCCAGAGAGGGCGGGCACCAGGCACAUUCAAAUUAGGGCCUGGAUCAGUAGGGUGUGAGCUAUCCACCUAUCUCAGUUCUUGAAUUUCCUCCACUAAGGGACUUAAGACCUCAUCUGGGUCUGGGGUAGGGCUGGAGGUGUGUGUGGGGGGGUGUUAUAUGCUUGCUGGCCAGGCCAGGGGGCUCCCCAAGGCAGCUGAGGGCAAGGAGAUGGCUCUAGGCUUACCUAAAGUCCUGUCCACCUUCUCUCCCUGAGGAGGACUUCUCUCUAAAAACACAACCUAGUGGCCUCUGGGGGUCAGGGAAGGCGAGGUAGAGAACAAGGGCGUCUCCUCUACACCUUCCCUCCCGCCCUAGAGUUGAAAGCCUGUGUCCCAGCCUCUGUUCUGCCAGCUGGCUACAACUUUGGGCCAAAGCUUCCCCUCUCAGGACCUGGGUCUCCUUCUUUAUCAAAAGAAAAACCUUUUCCAGCUGCAACAUGUACUAAAUGCUGACUCUAGAUGCUGAGUGCAGAGUCAGGGUGCAAAGGAUUAGCGGACAGGAGGACUUAGGUGUCACAUUAUCGCCUGCCCCCCUCCCUCCCACACACACAUGCUGGCCCAGAACCAGAGAACAGAAAAGGAGAAAGAGUUUAUUGAAAACUAUAUACAGUUGGUCCAGCCCCACCUUAGGCUGCAAUCUGGGCCAGUCCCUCUCACACCU